AUGAGUUUUGGGGGGUUUCUUGAGGCCAAACAAAGUGGUGGAGGUGGUCGGAUCGUAUCAGAUAUUCCUUACAGCAACGGUUCCAACCACAGCAACGAUAUAAUGCCCUCUGGUGCAAUCUCGCAGCCUCGUUUAGCUACUCCUACUUUGGCCAAAUCCAUGUUCAACUCUCCUGGCCUUUCUCUCGCACUUCAAAGUGAUGUCGAUGGACAAGGGGAUAUCAACAGAUUAAUGCCCGAGAAUUUUGAGCAGAAUGGGUUGAGAAGAAACCGGGAAGAGGAGCACGAAAGCAGAUCUGGCAGUGAUAACAUGGAUGGUGCUUCUGGUGAUGAUUUUGAUGCCGCCGACAACCCACCAAGAAAAAAGCGUUAUCACCGACACACUCCUCAGCAAAUUCAAGAGCUUGAAGCGCUCUUCAAGGAGUGUCCUCACCCGGAUGAGAAGCAAAGGCUUGAACUCAGUAGAAGGCUGAAUUUGGAAACGAGGCAAGUAAAGUUUUGGUUCCAAAAUCGAAGAACACAAAUGAAGACACAACUGGAACGGCACGAGAACUCGCUGCUAAGGCAAGAAAAUGACAAGCUUAGAGCGGAGAACAUGUCUAUGAGGGAAGCUAUGAGGAAUCCUAUGUGUUCAAACUGUGGAGGUCCUGCAAUGAUUGGUGAGAUUUCACUUGAAGAACAGCAUCUCAGGAUUGAGAAUGCUAGAUUGAAGGAUGAACUAGACCGUGUUUGUGCACUCGCUGGCAAGUUUUUGGGUCGGCCCAUUUCUUCUUUAACAAGCUCAAUUGGGCCUCCACUGCCAAACUCAAGCUUGGAGCUUGGGGUCGGGAGCAAUGGUUUUGGAGGUUUGAGCACUGUACCUUCAACAAUGCCUGAUUUUGGGGUGGGGUUAUCAAGCCCCUUAGCCAUGAUGUCACCUUCAACUAGACCAACAACGACGUCAACUGUGGUCACUCCUGGCUUUGACAGAUCAGUGGAGAGGUCUAUUGUUUUGGAACUCGCAUUGGCUGCUAUGGAUGAGUUGGUAAAGAUGGCUCAGACCGGGGAGCCUCUUUGGAUCAGGAGUUUGGAAGGUGGAAGAGAAAUUCUCAACUAUGAGGAGUACACAAGGACAAUGACUCCUUGCAUUGGUUUGAGACCCAAUGGUUUUGUCACCGAGGCCUCUAGACAAACUGGCAUGGUCAUCAUAAACAGCUUGGCUCUUGUUGAAACAUUAAUGGACUCGAAUCGAUGGUCAGAGAUGUUCCCUUGUAUGAUUGCUAGAACCUCAACCGCUGAAGUUAUAUCUAAUGGAAUAAAUGGAACUAGAAAUGGUGCCCUUCAGCUUAUGCAUGCUGAGCUUCAAGUCCUUUCGCCUUUGGUUCCUGUUCGAGAGGUCAAUUUUCUACGCUUUUGCAAGCAACACGCAGAGGGAUUGUGGGCAGUGGUGGAUGUGUCCAUAGACACCAUCCGAGAAACUUCUGGUGCACCCACUUUUGUGAACUGUAGGAGGCUUCCUUCUGGUUGCGUGGUGCAAGAUAUGCCAAAUGGUUACUCUAAGGUGACAUGGGUGGAACAUGCAGAAUACGACGAAAGCCUAGUUCACCAGCUGUACAGACCCUUGUUGAGCUCAGGCAUGGGGUUUGGUGCACAACGUUGGGUUGCCACCCUUCAACGCCAAUGCGAGUGCCUAGCCAUUCUAAUGUCCUCAGCAGUUCCCUCUAGAGAACAUUCAGCAAUAAGCUCAGGAGGAAGGAGGAGCAUGCUGAAGCUAGCUCAGCGCAUGACGAACAAUUUCUGUGCUGGUGUUUGUGCCUCCACAGUGCACAAGUGGAACAAGCUGAACGCGGGGAACGUGGGGGAGGACGUGAGGGUGAUGACAAGGAAGAGUGUGGACGACCCUGGUGAGCCUCCGGGUAUCGUCCUCAGUGCCGCCACCUCGGUGUGGCUGCCGGUCUCCCCACAAAGACUGUUUGACUUCCUGCGCGACGAGAGGCUCCGGAGUGAGUGGGACAUCCUCUCCAACGGUGGACCCAUGCAAGAGAUGGCUCACAUUGCCAAGGGACAAGACCAUGCUAACUGUGUCUCCCUCCUUAGAGCCAGUGCUAUGAAUGCGAACCAGAGCAGCAUGUUGAUUUUGCAGGAGACGUGCACCGACGCCUCGGGUUCGCUUGUGGUGUACGCGCCGGUGGACAUUCCCGCCAUGCACGUGGUGAUGAACGGCGGCGACUCUGCCUACGUGGCGCUCCUCCCGUCGGGGUUCGCCAUCGUGCCGGAUGGAUCCAUCACCGGCGGUGAGGAUCACGGCGGCGCGUCGCAGAAGAGGGCUAGUGGGUGUCUUCUGACGGUGGCGUUUCAGAUUCUCGUGAACAGCCUGCCGACGGCGAAGCUGACGGUGGAGUCGGUGGAGACUGUGAACAACCUCAUCUCGUGCACCGUGCAGAAGAUAAAAGCAGCGCUCCACAGCGAGAGUUGA